AUUUGCAAAAUUCUUUUUUGACAAUAUUAACUCAAAAUCAUGCUUAAAUCCAGCUUGGAUGACAAAGAGCCCAUCUAUACUCCAAUCCAUGUCAGCAAUAGUAUGGGUUGCUUUGAUUUAUAUUUGGUUUUUAAUUUUUGUGGAGUUGAAUGGCUCAGGAAUCAUCAGCUUUGAAGAACAUACCAGUUGUCAUAAUGUCAUCUGAGAAUGUGCCUGCCAGGAUUAACAGGUGCUUGGAAGAUGGAGCUGAAGAAUUCCUACUCAAACCAGUAAAAUUAUCAGAUAUGAAUAAGCUCAGACCUCAUAUACUGAAGGGAAAAUAUGAGGGACAACAGAGAAAAGACAACAAUAAUGAGGAUCAUCUUAGUAGCAGCGUUUUGCAUGGCAUCAAAAGAAAGGCUGUGGAUGAGUUGCUUUUGCCUGAGAGCAAGAGGGCAGAAUUGUCAUGUAAGAUUUGCAAUAGCUUCACAGUUUUGUGAUUUUGCUUUUAUUUAUUUAUUUCUUGUUUUGGGGACAUUUACAUGCUUGCCACACAAUGCAUAUGUAUCUAUAUGCUAAAUUUAAAAUUUUGAUUUUUAUAUUUAUAAUACUUGAUUGUAUCAUAUCACAUCAGAAAUGUCACUGCCACCUGCUUUUAAAAUGUGAUCACUUCUUUUUAUGCAUGUGAAAAGUGGUAUAAAUGUAAAUAUUAAAAUUUAGA